AUGCUGACUCAAGUGGAACAGGAUAUUCAUAAGAAGAUUGAGAGGGAAAAGAACAUUAUUGUAGGGGCCUCGAAUCUGAAGAAAAAGACGGAUAAUGUUAUGGUGAUACAGAAAUGUAACACGAACAUAAGAGAGGCACAGCAGAAUAUUGAGUACUUGCAAGAAACGCUAAAAAAGCUGCAAAUGCAACAGACCAAUGACCGCAAAUACCCUGCUGAAAAUCGUACGAGCCAAGGCUAUGGCCAAUUGACCACAAUAGCGCCGGAAGAACAUCGAUUUUCAAGGUUGGACGUUAUGAAGUAUGAUUGCCCCUCUCUCUCACAAAGGAUUCAAUAUAUGCUUCAGCAGCUUGAGUUCAAGCUACAAGUUGAAGAGCAAUAUCAGGAGGCUAAUGACAAAUUGACGAAGCUCUACCAGAUCGACGGAGACCAACGGAGCAGCUCAGCAGCUCAAGGUGGUUCCAGAGAAUCUAAGCAAAGGAUUCUUCUUUUGAAAAAGGCUCUGAAAAAAUAUCAAGCUAUCAAUGUAGACCCUGAUCUUUUGAAACACGCAGCGGAUGAUUUGACGAUCACGCAACCAAAAUUCAGGAGAAAACAGCUCACGGGGACUCUUACAAUUGGAAUCAAUGCGAUUCGUGAUGUUGAUCAUAUUGAAUCGCCUCUUUUUUCGCGAAAACCAGAGACAUUCAUCACCAUAAAAAUUGAUGAUGCUAUUAGAGCUAAAACCAAGCCCUCUCGAAACGACAGAUGGAAUGAAGAGUUUAACAUUCACGUUGGGAAAGGGAAUGAAAUUGAGAUAACGGUGUAUGAUAAAAUUAAUGACCAGAUGGUUCCAGUUGCUGUAAUGUGGCUAAUGCUUUCGGAUAUUGCUGAAGAAAUUAGGAAAAAGAAGGCGGGCCAGAUCGGCCAGGCUGGAUGGGUCAGUAACUCUACGAUUCCUCUCGCCCCAGCUGAAAACGAUACGUAUCUUCCCACACAUCCUGCCAUUGCUGAAGCUAACGCCAAUGGAGCUCUGCGCCAGACUAGUGAUUCCUCCUAUGAUGGCCCAAGCCCCUCUCAACCAAUCACUACCAACUCAUGGUUUGUAUUGGAACCUUCAGGCCAGAUUUUAUUGACUCUCGGAUUUAGCAAGUCUAGUGAACCCACGGAAAAAGGUUUAUCGGGAGGAUUACAUCGUCACGGUGCAAUCAUUAAUAGGAAGGAAGAAAUAUACGAGCAGCACGGGCACCAUUUUGUCCAAAAGUCGUUUUACAAUAUUAUGUGCUGCGCAUAUUGUGGCGAUUUUCUACGUUAUACGGGAUUUCAAUGUCAGGACUGUAAGUUUCUCUGUCACAAAAAAUGUUAUACUCACGUUAUCACGAAAUGUAUUGCAAAGACAAGUACAGACACAAACCCUGAUGAGGCCAAGUUGAAUCAUCGUAUCCCUCAUAGAUUUGAACCAGUCUCCAACCGUGGCACAAAGUGGUGUUGUCACUGUGGUUAUAUUUUACCAUGGGGCAGAAAAAAUGUGCGCAAGUGCACUGAGUGUGGUGUCAUGUGUCAUGCCCAAUGUGCUCAUCUUGUCCCUGAUUUUUGCGGUAUGUCAAUGGAAAUGGCAAAUAAAGUGUUAACAGCUAUCCAAGACACUAAGCGUUCUCAAGAACUUAGAAAAAAAUCUGCUGGUGUUACCGGAGGUGCCCUGGGGACACAACCUAUUCGUGAGACUCAUUACGAUUCCCUCAACUCCAAUAACCGUAAUGUACCACGCCUCGAACCGUUACAGAACACACCCGUCAACACUGCUCUUGAAAACCUACAUAUCGCUCCUUCAAACGAUACACCAAUAGGAGGCAAAAAUUACAACUUUACUGAAGUAUCUCAUCCUCAACAUGUUUCGAUAAAGCCAACGAUACCCGUUGCAGAGAGAAAAGCUGAAGUUAAUAAUAGGCUGAAUAACUUCAUCGAAGAAAACAGUGCAUAUCAGACCUUUACAAGCACUGCUGGCACGAAUGAUAUGUCAGAAGAAGAAGAAAUUCAUCCUACGUUAGAUCCUUCCUAUACUAACAUGUCUUUUGAACCUGAUCAUGAAGAUAUCGAAUUAAUCCAACGGAUGAAGCAGAACAGCCACGAUCAGUACUUGGAGGAAGAGCAAAGGGUCAUGGAGCCUAAACAGCAUAAUUCACCCAUGGGUAAUGACGCUGAUCACAAUGACGUCCAAUUGAACUUAGAAACAAGACAAACUCCUUAUAAUCUGAUCCCCAGUACUGAAAAGAUGGAUAUAGAGCCAAUUAUGUCCACCAUUUCAAACGAAGGCAAAUCCCAAAAUCCAUUUAGGGAAAUGGAUGCCGGAAGCUUUGAGCAACGGCAGCUCAAUGAGAUACAUGGUGCCAACGAAUCUUCACAGCACCAAUUGUUAUCAAGUAGAGAAGAGCCCUCAUAUGCAUCGCAACAAUCCUCUCCUCAAAAGUCACAUACUAGUUCAAGGCACAAGAGAAGGACACCAAGACGUCGUAAAAUUUCACUUGAUGAUUUUGUUCUACUUAAAGUUUUAGGAAAGGGUAAUUUUGGUAAAGUUUUGCUUGCCAAAUCGAAAAAUAAUGAGCGUCUGUGUGCAAUCAAAGUUUUGAAGAAAGACCACAUUAUAAAAAAUCACGAUAUAGAAAGUGCGAGAGCCGAGAAGAAGGUAUUUUUACUGGCUACAAAGGCUAAACAUCCUUUCCUCACCAAUCUUUACUGUUCAUUCCAAACCGAAAAUCGUAUCUACUUUGCAAUGGAGUUUAUCGGUGGUGGCGAUUUAAUGUGGCAUGUUCAAAAUCAAAGGCUUUCCGUCAGGAGAGCAAAAUUCUAUGCAGCCGAAGUGCUAUUAGCGCUCAAGUACUUUCAUGAUAAUGGUGUCAUUUACCGUGAUUUGAAGUUAGAAAACAUCCUUCUGACCCCAGAUGGGCACAUCAAAAUUGCCGAUUACGGUCUGUGUAAAGACGGCAUGUGGUAUGGAAACAAGACCUCAACUUUCUGUGGUACGCCAGAAUUCAUGGCUCCAGAAAUUCUUAAAGAACAAGAAUACACGAAAGCUGUUGACUGGUGGGCAUUUGGAGUUUUACUCUAUCAGAUGCUGCUGUGCCAAUCUCCCUUUUCAGGUGAUGAUGAAGAUGAGGUAUUCAAUGCUAUUUUAACUGACGAACCACUGUAUCCUAUUGAUAUGGCUGGCGAAAUUGUACAAAUUUUCCAAGGCCUGCUAACAAAAGAUCCCGAAAGACGUUUGGGGGCUGGUCCUCGUGAUGCAUUAGAGGUUAUGGAGGAACCAUUCUUCAAGAACAUAAACUUUGAUGAUAUUUUAAAUUUACGGGUUAACCCACCUUAUGUUCCCGAAAUCAAAGCUGCUGAUGAUACGUCAUAUUUCGAGAAGGAGUUCACUUCAGCUCCUCCAACUUUAACUCCAUUGCCAUCGGUGCUAAGCUCAAAUUUGCAGGAAGAGUUCCGUGGUUUUUCGUUUAUGCCCGAUGACCUUCUGCUGUAA